CAUAGAAUCCUCCGGAAAAAAACCUAACUUGAGGCCCAAUUCAGUCCAAUAGGGAAAAUAAUUGGAAGUCGGCACAAUAGAACCUGCACAACCGAAUAAAGCAGAAAGAAACGGCGUCGUAUCAACCAUCUCCGUCGUUUCACACCACAAUCAUCACCACAUUCAAAUUCAAAUCAAUUUCAACUUCAACACACACUCUCUCUGUAAAACAAAACCCUAAUUUCUUCAAUUCAAUGACACCACGCACGGAUGACCUAAUCCCCACCGACGACGAUGACAGCGACGACGACGGUCUCAAAGAAGACAUGGCCGCCGUCGCGCGAGCCUGUAAGUACAAAAUAGAUGAAAUUUCAUCUCAAGAAGAUCCUCUUUUGGCUUCUGGAGAUGAAAUUCCGUAUGAAAAAGAUCCUCUUUUGGCUUCCGGCGACGCUAUUGUCCCAUUCACUGCCACUGCCGACUCUGACUCUGAUGGAGAGAGUGACCGUGAAUGUCUCAAUAGAGUUAAGAAUCUCUGUAAGGAUAUUGAUUCUGUUCCUCAUCUGCCGCCGAUGACAGGUGCUUCUGAUGAUGAUGAAGAUGACUUGGAAACAGUUCGCGCCAUCUUCAAACGGUUUUCCGCUUAUGAUAGAGGUGGAAGGGAAGCAUGGGCUGAGGAGGAUCAGACCCCGAGUUUAAUUGCUGAGAAGGAUGUUGUCAAUAGCUCUAUUUCUGAUAGCUCAGAUGCUGGUGAAUUGUGUCCUGAUUCUCAAUGUCUUGAUAAUGACACCAAUUUGCUGGUUGAUACAUGUGGUUAUGAGGAGACUUAUGAAAAAGAUGCUGGGUUGGCUUCUCAAGUAUUGAAUGAAAGAUCAAGAUUUCCUCCGUCGGCUCAAGCUUUUGUGGAUGCCCUCUCGAAGAAUAGAGCUCUCCAGCAAUUUCUUAGAAGUAAGUUGAUUGAAAUUGAAGCAAAAAUUGAAGUAAACAACAAGCUAAGGGAAAAAGUUAAAAUCCUUAAGGAUUUCCAGGUUUCAUGCAAUAGAAGAACGGGAACUGCUCUAUCACUGAAAAAGGAUCCGCGUGUGCAGUUAAUAUCAUCCAAGAAGUCUCUUGCUACAAAAAAGUCAAAGAACAAUAAUAAGAAGGUGUCUGCAUUGUGUUAUGGCCCAGAUGAGAAUUCUCGUGUUGCUCACUAUAAGAUGGUAUUGGAAAGAUUUCCACUUUCAUUGGAUCGAAAAAAGUGGUCAAAUAAGGAAAGGGAGAAACUUUCAAUAGGAAUUAAGCAACAAUUCCAAGAAACAGUGUAUCAAAUUUCAGUAGAUAGAAUGGGUUCAGAGUGCUCACCGGGAGACAUAAUUGAUUCAUUUAAAGAUCUUGAAAUCACACCAGCAAGGAUUAGAGCAUUUUUACCUAAAGUUAAAUGGGAUUCAUUGGCUUCUAUGCAUAUUACUGGCCGUACUGGUGCUGAAUGUGAAUCAAGGUGGUUAAAUUGUGAAGACCCUUUGAUCAAUCAUGGCUCAUGGACUGGUGAGGAGGAUAGGUCUCUUUUGAUUACUGUUCAAGAGACGGGCAUCAGGAAUUGGUUUAACAUUGCUGCAUCAUUGGCCACAAACAGGACUCCAUUUCAAUGCUUGGCACGAUACCAAAGGAGCUUAAAUUCUUCGAUGAUAAAUAGUGAAUGGACCGAGGAAGAAGACACUCAACUUUGUUCUGCUGUUGCAUAUUUUGGUGAGUCUAAUUGGCAGUCUGUGGCUUCUGUUUUAGAACGGCGGACGGGAACUCAAUGCUCAAAUAGAUGGAAAAAAUCAAUUUGUCCUGUGAGGAAAGGAAGCUUUACACCCGAGGAGGAUGAACGCCUUACAAUAGCAGUUGCGCUGUUUGGAAGGAAAUGGAAUCAAAUAGCUAAAUAUGUUCCUGGCAGGAUUCAAUCUCAGUGUAGAGAAAGAUACCUUAAUAGUUUGGAUCCUUCUUUGAAAUGGGGUGGAUGGACUGAGGAAGAGGAUUUAAGAUUAGAAGCUGCAAUCACCAAGUAUGGAUAUUGCUGGUCUAAGGUGGCUGAAGAUGUACCUCCCCGCACUGAUUCUCAAUGUCGGAAGAGAUGGAAGGUGAUAUGUCCUGAACAAGUUCCUUUGCUGCAAGAAGCAAGAAAGAGGCAAAGGUCUCUUCUUGCCAGGAACUUUGUCGAUCGAGAAUCAGAACGUCCAGCUCUUACACUCAAUGACUUCAUUCCUUUACAAAUGUUAGUUCCACCAUCGGAUGUUGAUGCUGAGAAACUCCAAAGGAAGCGGAAGAGAAAGUCGCGUGGCAUUUGCAAGGAAGAGAGGUCCAAAAAAAAUGGAAAGGAGACUGAACUUUGUACCGGGGAAGCACAAGGUGUAGAGCCCAAGAAAGAGAGGCCUAAAAGACAUGCAAAAAAGAAAUCAUUUUAUCCCGAGGGUGUAGAGGAUAUAGUUCCCAAGAAAGCGAAGCCCAAAAGACAUUUGAAGAAGGCUCGAAUUUGUCCGGAGGAAGUACAGUAUAUAGCAGCAUAUAGUGACAUGGUCAAGACUUCUGGUGGUGGUGGUGUUCCAUUCUCUGCACCAGGCAAUGUUCCCAAGAAAAGGAGAUCUAAAAGAGGUCCUAAAACGGCUCAGCCCAAGGAAGUAGAUAAUAUAGCAUGUAGCGACGAGGUCAAGACCUCUAUCGAGAGUUCAGAAAGUCAAGAUGGAGACAACGUAACACUUGCAUGCUUUUUGCGCAACAAAUCAAAGAAGAAACUAUCUAAGUCUACCAAAAAUGCUAGCCAGGGUUUGACUUCCUCUAGGACAAAAACUGUAUCUAAGCAGGUUGAAAAUCAAAUCCCAUCUGGUGAGCAAGAUAGACUGUCUAUGUCACGUGGUAUUGAUGGAGCUAAAGAUUUAUCAAUGCAAACAGAAGAUGAUUCUAGCAGACAAGUUAGAAAACCAGAAGGUACAAAUGCAACUAGAAAAUCAGAGGGUGCACACAAUUUGAAUGGUGGUGGCGAUGCUAUACCUCUUAAGUUCUAUGUUAGAAAGAAAACAAAGAAAUUGAGUCAAGCUACUGAAGAACGUUGUACUUGCUCUCCUUCCAAAAUGAAAAAGGGAUCUACAUUUCUCCAUGGAAACAAGCCAACCAUCAUUUCUAACGACAGUGAACCAUCGGUGUCAAGAGUUGUUGAAGAGGAGAGUGUUUUACAUGGUGGUGUGGUUGAAGCUGAACCAACAAACGUCAAUCUUGUCGAAGAAGAGACCGUUCUGCAUGGUGGUGUGGCUGAAGCUGAACCCACAAGCAUCAAUGUUGUCGAAGAAGAGACUGUUCUGCAUGGUGGUGUGGCUGAAGCUGAACCCACAAACAUCAAUAUUGUCGAAGAAGAUACUGCUCUGCAUUGUGGUGUGGCUGAUGCCGAAUCCCCAACCGUCAAUGUGGUUGAAGAGGAGACUAUCAUGCAUGGUGGUGUGGCUGAUGCUGAGCCCACAAACAUGAAAGCGGAAGAAAAUGAACCGCUGCUUUCCUUCCUGCAAAACAAGACAAGGAAAUGGCAAAGACGGCACAAUAUUCGGAAAUGAAGUUGUCCCUGAUGAUCCAAUUCACCUGGGCUGGUAACCUGUUUGUUUUCCAACUCCAAGGUACUGUAUAAAUACUCAACAGUUGAUUAAAACCCGUGCUCGGAAAUUGUCGAAUGGCCAAACCACAUCAUAAGGGGAAGCUAGGUGGUGGGUAACUGUGAAACCUGAUAUAGCCAUGAUCAUGAAUUUAACCCAGAUCGCCUGCAGUAGAAAAAUAAAGGACCAUGGCCUGGAUUGCAUGUGACUGCAACUGCAGCAUAUUGCUACGGUAGGAAUCUGAAUUAGACGAGGACAUAGUUAAAGGCACAGUGAGUUUCGAGAUAACAAGCAUGCCAAUGGAAUUUUGCUGAGCUUUUGGCCUGUAUAGAGCACAUUUUCGGCCUAGCCAAUAUAUGUAUACAUACUGUAGGACGGCUAGAAUUUUGUAAGCUUGAAAUUAGUUAGGUUUUUGAUUAGUAACACUAACAAACUUAAUGCAACUACAUGCAAGCAUGGGAAAUUUUACCAUGACAAAUAGAAUCAAAUUGGAUUUCAAA